AAUUAAUAAAAAUUGAAUUAAAAAUAAAAUCGGUCAAUAUUUUAGAUGCACGGAGGGAGUAUAUAGUAAAAGGCACCAGAGUAUUUGAUCCUGUGAGUUUAGGGAGUUGUGAGCCAACCAAAUCAGCCAUCAACUUAUCCACUCCCAUCUUCACUCUUUUAUCAUCAUCUCUCUACUCUGAGCAAUCCACAAAGUCAUCUCACAAUUUCUUCUUGGGUUCUGUCGCACAAGAAACAAUGGCUACUGCGGCGGCGGCGGCGGCGUCAACCACGGCCAUGUUUACUCCGGCGGCGGUUGCCGGAAAGAGCACCAAGUGUUCCCCGAAAAGAUCCGCCAGAGUGAGAUCCAUCACUCCAUUUCAGGGCCUGAAGGCGCACAACCGUGUCACCACAUUGGGAGCCCCCGUCAGCACCGAUCAUGCCUUCGAGGCGCAGAUUUCCGCCUCCCUGAGAAACCCAUCACGGGGGAAAAGCAGCGGCGGCGGCGGAGGAGCUCUGUCUGCCACGGGCAACGCGGCGGGAGAGAUUUUCAAGAUCGCCGCCAUCGUCCCUGCCCUUGUUAUGAUUGGGGUCGCACUUGGUUUCGCCCUCCUUCGAGUUGAAGCAAUGGUUGAGGAAUCAGAAUUGGAAUGAGAGUUUGAAUGCAUUUGUGGCAUCUGUUUUGCUUUUGUCCAUUAACCAAACAAAAGCCUAAUAAAUUUAUAUGAUUUGGGUUUGGAUUGGUUCCAUCUCCAUUCUUUGUCUUCUGGGUUUGUUUAUAGCCACACAAUUGCAUUGGAUUAUUGUUACAGAUCACAUACUAAUAAUAUGUGAACUCAUUUGGUCUAUAAACCUCUCAUAUGUUG